AUGCUGUUCGACGACAACAAAUUGUUGUUCGAGCAGAAUAACGAGAAGCGAGUACGCGAGUCAGUCCGGCGGACGAUGGUCGGCCGCGUCAAAGUCAUGUCGUAUGAAGACAUCCUCGAGGCGGAGAGGCAACGCAGCGUUAGGGGUGCGAAGAAAAUUGCGCGUGGCACGACUAUCGCGACAGAGACACCUUACGUAGCUGUCGCACGAACUUUGAGCUCCGCGGAGGAAGAAGCGCUUGAGGCGCGACGGGAGCUGGCAGCGAUGGGUCUCCAGGACCACUGUCAUGUUUUUAAUUUUGAAAAGGAUACUUGUGUGUAA